AUGGUCUGCGAUAAUCAGGCUAAGAUCAUUUUGGAGGAAGACAUCUUCCAUAAACUCGUCUUCGGCGCACUCGUGACUUUCCAUGGCCCGGCUGCGCUACCUGGCGGCCAGAUCAACAUACACGACUCGAUUGGCCUGCGAGCUUGGCCGGUCUGGCAGUGUGACAGAAGGAAUGAGAAGCAAGGGCCCGUGCGGGAUUUCGACCCAAGGGGCACGCAGAAGUUCGCACUCGUCAGCGAGCUUUUCGUCGUCACGGGCAUGAAACUCGUCAAGGGCGCCAAGAUCAAAUACUCAACUUUACAGAGCACGACGGUCAAGGGGAACCUCGGCAUCGACGUGAACAUGCUGGGCACGAUCUUUGAGCCGAAAGGCCACUGGACUAGCACGAAUAAUGAUGCGACGCAGUCCAAUCGCGAGUCGGAAUUUGUAUUUGCGUUUCGCGUGAAAAGACUCAAGAUUGGGCGGAAACUGAAGCUUGAAGAGUACAAUAAGGGCGCAUUUAUGACAGUUAGCGGGGGAAAAGAUAACGACGAAUGUAUUUUAGUUGAAGACGUAAAUGGAGCUAAUAUCAGGACUGCUGAAGCUGUUCCAGAUGUGACCGAGAAUGGUAACGUAUAUUGCGUUCCCGUUUAG